AGAGAGAGAGAAAACAAUGGCAGAAGUCUAAAGAAUAAAGACAAGCAAUGAUGUAUGCCAAACAUAUAGAUAUAGAAUAGAAGAAAUAGGAGAUACUCCAAAUUCAAUAGAAAACAUCUUUGGUGAGUAGAUGCAAAAUCUGAAACUGGAAGAGGGUACCACUAACAGUAACAGUUAAAGAGCAUAUGGCCUAGAGAACAUACUCUCUUUUCCAAGGGCCUUAAAUACCCAAUCUUUCUUCCCCAAACUGACAGAUAUACUUUGUCUGUCUCAUUUAAUGUGAUUGCACCUUUUCUUUUAUUACUCUAUAAUCCAUUUAUUUUCUCUUGUGCUCAAAAACUACCUGAACUCAGCUCCCACUUGGCACUACCAAUCUCUUCUUCUUCUUCUUCUUCUUCUUCUUCUUCUUCUUCUUCAUUUCAUCUCUAAUGGCCACCACCACCAGGCAGCCCAAACCAGUCAAACAACUUAAAGAACACCUUCAAGAAAAGCAAGACCCUUUUGUUCUAGACCUUUAUCUAGUGGAAAGAGGAUGUUUAACAAACAGCUUUAAUUCGAGAAAGUCACUCAAGAGGUCAGUUAGCUGUUUAAAGGUAUUCAGAGCUGUUUAUUCAAGGCUCAAAAUCACAAGUUCCAAUCAUAGAAAUGGAAAUGUUGUUGUUACUGAGAAUAACGGCAGAGAUAACAAAGAAGCCGCAGAAUUGGAUAGAUUUUCUUCUGCUAGUAGCUCAACAAUGUUUAAUUCAUGUAGUACCGGGAGUGAUGCAGAAGACACCCCUACUACACAGCAAAAAGAUCAGUUAUUAUACAAAGCAAACACUUCUCAACCUUUUAUACUCUGCAAUCCAAUAGAGAAGGAGGCUGUUGCAGAUAGAAAGCUCAGAUGGCAAUGCAUAGAAGAAAGUAGGCAGCUCAGUCCAGUUUCAGUGCUAGAAGAGGCAGCUUCACAUAGUGCUUCUCAACUUCAUAAAUAUAAAGUAAAAGACUCAAAAAGCAGUUUUCUGUUCCCCAAGAAAGUUACAGAAGACUCCAUAUUAUCAGCUUCUCUACGGAAAGUACUUUUCCAGUCAGAAAAUCAGAAAAAACCAACUUUAGCAGGAGUGUCAGAAAUACAGGAGCUUGUCCAGUCAAAUAAUAAUAAUGCUUCUUCCCGGUACUUGAAAUCUAAUAGUAGUGCUCUGCAGCAAACAAGGCAACUCCUUUUUGAUUGUGUAAGGGAGAUAGUAGACAACCAAGAAAGAAAGGAGAAGCCACAUCAACAGCAGCAAGAAUAUUUGGCAUCAGAAUAUCUUGGGAAGCAUGUUAUUGGAGAUAAAAUUAAGUGCUGGGGAAAACAAUCUGGAGAAGCAUCAAACUUGGCAGAAUUGCUACAGUCAGACUUGCUCGAUUCAGUACAAGAAUGGAAUGGUUUUGAAUCACAAAGAAGGGAGAUUGGGUUUGAGAUUGGAAAUGCUAUUUCUGAAGAGAUGGAAACUGAAAUUAUAGCGGACAUGAUUGAUUUCCUGUCACCAAUCAAUGGAUGCUAAUUUGAUAUCAAUGUUAAUCUUUUAGCACCUUUUCUUCUAUUCCAUCACUCUGCGUUCCCCUUGGCUAUGUCAAAGUAUGAUAAUCUACGUUGUUACAAAUUCUUA